GUCAGCUGGCGGCCGUCGGCGCCACUGCCGUCGGAGGAGGCAGUGUGGUGACGGGCGCCGGCCGGGGAGCAGCGCCGGGCGACUCUCCUGACGAACCGCGCCGCGACUCGGACAGACUCUGAGUCCGCUCCGGUGCAGUGACUCAGGACGGACUCGGGCGCGCGGCGGAGCGGCCGGAGCCGUGUGGGCCGCCUCAGUCGGGGCGCGGGUCUGGGACAGUGAGCAUCUGCACGGCGCGCGGACGGUGAUCAGUGACUGUCGGAUCCAGUGAUCAGACCGCGCCAGAGUCGGGGACUGUGACCACCGGCGGCCACACUGGAAUGGAGCGGACCAGCGGCCGCUUGCAUGGAUAAUGACGCAUAAUGCAUCAGAAGAGUUUUCUCUGAUGUGGUCUGACAGUCAGGACCCCAGCGACAUGUACGAGUACGCAGAGGCGGCGCCGCACGGGUACGCCCGGCCGACCGGCCACGGCCUCGGUCACGACCACAACUUGGAGAAGUUCGUGGCGCGGACGCCCACCGGCUCCGUCUAUAUCCCAUCAUCAGACACGGCGGCUAACACGCUGACGCCGUACAAGUCCAGCCGCAGCAUCGGCAGCCCGUCCAAGUCGGAGGUCUCCAAGACGGACCGGUACGCGAUGGGGUUCGCUUCGGCCGGCUCAGCGGCGCUGCCGGGCCGGCACAGCCUGCACCGGCCGCCGGCCGACCCUCCGUUCAGCUACUCGAAGCCGGCGCUGCUGCCGACCGGCGGCCGCCGCUGGAGCUGGAAGCUGGCCACCCUGGUGCUGGCCGGACUCUGCCUGGUGCUGGUGUCGCUGCUCGUGUGGAGUCUGACGGCGCGCGGCGACCCGAUCGGCAAGUGUCCGACAGAGGUGACGUCCGGCGGAGACGCCUCGCGCGCCGACGUCCAGCCGCCCAUAAAUACCUCGUCCCCCUCCGCCGGUGGCCAGCCAGGUAAACACUCGGCGCCGGCCGACGGGCCGCGCGCCGCCCAACGCCGCAUGCGCUCCCUCCGUGUGCGUAGAGAGGUUUUGCAUGAGGCCGCCGCGCCCGCCCGCUCCGAUCCCGACCCGAGCAGCCCGGCGGCCGAGGACCUGCUGGAGGUCGAGUGGGAGGCCAGCGGCGACCCGGAGCCCGCCACCGACCACCAGGCCGCCAUCCUCGGCGACCGCCUCAUCGACUUCUCCAACCUGACGCCGAUGGUGAGCAAGGUGUCGGCCGCCAACGGGUUCGACGAGGAGCGGCCGCAGAGCGACGCACCGGCGCUCCCGCAGGGCGACACUCCCGAGCCAGCGGAGCACGACCAGGCGGCCGCGGAGGCAGCGCGGAAAAAGGCUGCCGAGAUAAAACAACAGCAGAAAAACGCUGCCUCGGAAAGCAGCUGGCAAAAACCGACUAGUAUUCCUAGCGCUGAAGAGCCUGUCAUUGAAAAGAAAAUGACUGAAACAGUGAAUAUGAACCCAAUGAUAAUUUCUGGUACCCAAGAGCAGCCGCUGGACUCCGAAUCGAAGAUCAAUAUUUUGUUAGGAGACGAUGUAAAAAUACCGGAACCAGUUGGCGUCGACACUGAUAUCGCCAUGGACGACCAGCAAAUAUUUAGCCAGCCUCUAGAGACGAUGAUUCUUCCUAUUUUAAAUGAGAAACCUCCUCUCCUCUCCGACUCGCAAACAAAAGCGGGAGCUCUCCUUUCGUCUGAGGGGCUCUCAAGCUCUCAAGAGCAUCCAAGGCCCCUGCCUUCACACAUCCUUUUGAACUCGCUCCCAGAGACGAACUCACAGCAAAAUCCCACUUUAAGUCCGCCAGAGAAACUGACGACACCCACGGCCAAGGAAAAGCUGCCUCCGUCCGUCCCGAGUCCGUCCCGCCCGGCACCGCUGCCGGCGGCCGACCCGUCGCUGCGGCCGCAGCACGACGCGCCGUGGCCGGCACCGCGCCGCGACAGCGCGCUCCUCUACGACAGCGAGGUGGUGGAGUUUGUGCCGCUGGUUGACCGGGCCACGGUCCCGCCGCGGCCCGCCCAGCCGCACCGGCCGGACGGCGCGCCGGCCCUGUCCGACUCCGACGUCUCCGGCCUCGGCCCCGACGCCGGAAGCCUCUCUGAUUUCGGAAGCAAUGAGAUUCCUCGCACCGGGCCCGACGAUGAUGAAGAAAAAUUAGCGGCCGGCGACGACCGCGUUGCUAUGACGACCCCAUCGAGCCGGUCGGAGUCGGGCGGCGGGGCGCCGCGGCGGCCGGUGACGGUGGACAGCGUGCCGGUGCCGGUGGCGCCGCGGACCGUCACCGUCACCGUGGCCGUGGACGGGGGCGAGCUGUACCAGCUGUCCCUGGUGCUGCCCACCGAUCACCAGGAGGUGACGGCCACCCUGCAGAAGACGGCGCCGCCGCCGGCACCGGCACCGAUCCGGGGGGCAGCGGAGACCACGGUUUCACCAGCUCAAGAGGACGUGACAACGGAAAAUACGGAAACAGAAGACACAACGGAGGCACAAGGGACCACUGAGGGAUCCACUGAGCCCAGUUCCAGCGCUCCCGAGCCCACUGACGCAAUGACCACAGAGGAGGCUUCCACAGCGGCCGUGACUACAUCGACGCCGGAAACCGAACCGACAACUGCAUCUCCAACAGCAGCUUCAACUACAGCAGCAGCUGAUACGAUAACUGAGGAAGUCACAACCGCGCCACCGGCCGAACCAACAGCCACUGAGCCGCCCACAGCACCUACCGAGCCGCCCACUGAGGCGCCUACUGAGCUGCCCACUGAGGCGCCGACCGUGGAGCCGUCUGAGCCUACCCAGCCCGACUCUCCGGCGGCGGCUACCACUACCCUGCCGCCGCCGCCGCCCCGGCCGGCGACCGCCGCGCCGCCGCCGGCCGCGCUGGCGCCGUCGCCGACCUGCGCCCGUCCCAGCACAGUCACCGUGACCUUCCCGCCCCCGGUCCCCAUCAUCGUCGUCGAAGACGUGCGGCGGAAGACGGUGCCGCCGGCGGGCAGCACAUUCUCAGUGGUGCGGCUGGACGAGAGCUACGCCGAAACGCUCAGUCCGCACGGCUACUGGUCGAUGCAGUUCUACCUGCCCGACGACGCCUACCUGCAGUGGGGGAGCACGGUGCCGCGCGGCGCCAGCCUGGCCGUCUACGGCCGCCGCAACGCGCUGCCCACGCACACACAGUACGACGUGCACCACCUGCUCAGAGGCUACAGCCGCGGGCUGAGCCGCACCUCCGGGCAGUCGGUGCCGCAGUCGUUCACCGAGUUCCUGCUGCAAGGCAACUGGUUCUUCUCCGUGUACAACGACGACGGCGAGGAGACGCCCGUGACGCUGACGCUGACCGAGGCCAAGGACAUGACUGAGGGCUGUCCGAACGGCUGCAGCGGCACCGGCGAGUGUCUGCUCGGCCGCUGCGAGUGCCGCGCCGGCUUCGGCGGCGAGGACUGCAGCGAGAUGGCCUGUCCUCUGCUCUGCUCUGGGAACGGCGAGUACCGCGACGGCCAGUGCCACUGCAAGCCCGAGUGGAAGGGCCGCGAGUGCUCGCUGCGGCACGACCAGUGCGAGGUGCCCGACUGCAGCGGCCACGGCCGGUGCCGCGAGGGCACCUGCCGCUGCGCCCAGGGCUACAAGGGCGAGUUCUGCGAGCAGCUGGACUGUCCACACCCGACGUGCCAGGGCCACGGGUUCUGCGUAGAGGGCGUGUGCGUGUGCCAGAAGGGCUGGCGGGGCGCCGACUGUUCGGAGACGGACCAGGACGCGCUCAACUGUCUGCCCGACUGUUCCAACCACGGCCAGUUCGACCCGGACCGGCGCCAGUGCGUCUGCUUCCCAGAGUGGACCGGCGCCGUCUGCGACACACCGGUGUGCAGUCUGGACUGCGGCCCACACGGCUUCUGCGAGAGGAAUCAGUGCCAGUGCGAGCCGGGCUGGACCGGUCCGCACUGCCAGUCCCGCACCUGCGACCCCAGGUGCGAGGAGCACGGCCAGUGCAAGAACGGCACCUGUCUGUGCGUCACCGGCUGGAACGGCCGCCACUGCACGCUCCAGGGCUGCCCCAAGUCCUGCAGCUCGCGGGGAUCCUGUCAGCUGUCGUUCGACAACGAGUGGGAGUGCAGCUGCGACUCGGGCUGGUUCGGCGACGACUGCUCGCUGCCGCUGGAGAGCGACUGCGGCGACCGCGUCGACAACGACAAAGACAAACUGGUGGACUGCGAGGACCCCGAGUGCUGCCAGUCGCCGGCGUGCGCCGACAGUCAGCUGUGUCUCAGCGCGCCCGACCCCGUGGAGAUCCUGCUCGGCAAACACCCGCCGCGCAUCACCGCCUCGUUCUUCGAGCGCAGCCAGUUCCUGAUCGAGGAGGACAGCGUGCAGCGCUACGCGCGCGCCGAGGUCUAUAACCAGAGCCUGUUUUGGGAAACGUUUAAUGCCAGUCGGGCGGCGGUACUGCGCGGCCGGGUCACCACCGAGGCCGGGUACGGGGUGCCCGGCGUUCGGGUCAGUUCGGAUAACGCCGCCGAGGGCUUCACGUUGACCCGCGCCGACGGCUGGUUCGACUUCCUGGCCAAUGGCGGCGGCGCCGUCAAACUCUGGUUCCGCCGGUCGCCAUUCGCGCCGGCCGAGCGCGUCCUGCACGUACCCUGGAACGAGAUCGUGGUGAUCGACGACGUGCAGCUGACCCGCGAGCCGGCGGCGCCGCUGUACGGCGGCUCGCAGGCCUGCACCGAGCACGACUACGACGUCAUGCGGCCCGUGGUGCUCGCCAGCUGGAAGCACGAGUUCCAAGGCGGCUGUCCGGAGGAGUCGGCGGUGCUGGCCGAGUCGCAGGUGGUGCAGGAGUCGCUCCCAGUGCCCGGCACAGAGCUGCACCUCGUCUACCACUCGUCACGCAGCCGCGGCUACCAGAGCACCAUCCAGCUGCAGCUGACGCCAGAGCUCGUGCCGCCCGCUCUCCGGCUCGUCCACCUGCGCGUCCACCUCCAGGGCGAGCUCUUCAAGAAGACCUUCGAGGCCGAGCCCAACAUCAAGUUCACCUACUCCUGGAACAGGCUCAACGUGUACAGUCAGCGCGUUUACGGCGUGGCCACAGCGGUCGUGCGCGUGGGGUACGAGUACGCCGACUGCAGCCAGAUCAUCUGGGACACGCAGACGACGGCCAUCGCCGGCAGCGACAUCAGCAUAUCGGAGAUCGGCGGCUGGAACCUGGACAUCCACCACGCCUACAACAUACCAGAGGGUAUCCUGCAGAAGGGCGACGGCACCAACAUCCACCUACGCCAGCGGCCGCAGGUGCUGCGCACCACUGUGGGCGGCAGUCACCAGCGGCCGAUCGCCUGCACCAACUGCCAGGGCCCGGCGGGCCGGCAGCGGCUGCUGGCCGCCACCGCGCUGGCCGCCGCGCCCGACGGCUCCCUCUACGUCGGAGACUUCAACCUGAUCCGGCGCGUCACGCCCGCCGGGGAGGUCGAAACCGUGGCGCAGCUCAACUCGACGGGCGUGUCGUACCGGUACCACUUGGCCGUCAGCCCGCUGGACGGCUCGCUGUACGUCAGCGACCCGGAGGCGUACCAGAUCUUGCGCGUGCGCCGGCUGCGCCGGCCCGAGCAGCUCUCGCAGAACCUGGAGGCGGUGGUGGGCAGCGGCGAGCGCUGUCCGCCCGGCGACGAGUUCAACUGCGGGGACGGCGGCCGCGCCCGGCACGCGCGCCUCACCUACCCCAAAGGCAUUGUGGUCGGAGCGGAUGGCAGUCUGUUCUUCGCCGACGGCACCAACAUCCGCAUGGUGGACCCGUACAACAUCAUCACCACCCUGGUGGGCAACAACCUGCACAAGUCGCACUGGCGGCCGUUCCCCUGCGUGGGCACGCUGAGCCGCGAGCACGUGCAGCUGCGAUGGCCAACCGAGCUGGCCGUCUCGCCGCUGGACGGCAGCCUGCACUUCAUCGACGACCACAUGGUGUUCCAGCUGACCUCGGACUACCGGGUGCGGCUGGUGGCCGGCAAGCCGCUGCAGUGCACCUCGCGCUGGCAGCGCACUCCGCCCGAGCAGGCCGCCCAGACGACGCUCGUGUCGCCGCAGAGCCUGGCCUUCUCCCCGGACGGCGACCUGCUGGUGGCAGAGAGUGACAGCCAGCGCGUGAACCGGGUGCGCGUCAUCGGGACGGACGGCGCGAUCCAGCCGCUGGCCGGCGCCGAGCCCAAGUGCAACUGCCGAGAGGACCACUGCCGCUGCUUCGACGACGAGCACGUGCUGGCCUCGGAGGCGCUGCUGGGCGGCAUCUCGGCGCUGGCGGUGACGCCCGACGGCGCGGUGCACAUCUCCGACCAGGCCAACUACCGGAUCCGCACGGUGUCGGCGCCGCUGCCGGCGGCCGACCAGCGCGGCAGCUACCACAUCCACGCGCCCGACGCCGGUCACACCUACAUCUUCAACCGGUUCGGCCAGCACACCGAGACGCGCAACAUCGUGACGCGCCGCACCGUCUACAGGUUCACCUACAACCUGAACGCCAGCAACGGCCGGCUCAGCUCCGUGACGGACGCCAUCGGCAACAAGGUGUCGUUCCUGCGCGACUACUCGUACCAGGUGACGUCCAUCGACAACCCGCUGGGCCAGAAGUGCGAGGUCAUCAUGUCGCCGAGCAGCGGCCUGCUGCAGCAGUUCAUCACGCCCGACCGCUUCAACACCAGUUUCGACUACCUCGACAUCUCCGGUCUGAUGGGGGCGCGGUACGACGCCGCGGGGCGCAGCACCGUCUACGACUACGACCAGUACGGCCGCCUCAUCAGCCACACCACGCCCACCGGCCACACGGUCCGGCUCGAGUUCGACCUGAGCAAGCAGGGCGCCUCGGUGACGGUGGCGCGCGACGGCUCGCCGGCCGAGACGCUGCUCAUCCAGAGGAGCACCGUCACCAUGGUUAACGGCACGGGCACCUGGGUGACGUCCAUCUCGCCGGGCGGCCAGCUGCGGCACGUGACGCCCUGGGGACACGCCACGGUGACGGGCGCCGUGCCGUACCCGCUGCUCGACGGAGACGGCGACGAGGUGGAGCAGCACCUGCAGGUGCCCGGCAGCCAGCGACUGGAGGUGGUCGCCGGCGACCCGGUCAACGUGUUCGAGUGGCUCUACUUCACUGAGAAACGGGGCCGCGGCAGGGACAGGAGGGUCACCAAGGUGGGCCGCAACCUGAAGGUGAACCGCGACCUGCAGCUGGCGCUCGAGUACGACCUGAGCACCGAGCGGCAGACCGUGCGUACCGCCGACGGCACAGCCAUCCUGGACGCCACCUACGAUCGCAUGGGACGGCCCACCGCCUGGCGCGCGCACGGCUUCUUCCUCGACGUGGAGCUGGAGUACGACCAGUUCGGCCGUCUGCGGCAGUGGCGGCGCGGCGGUCGCUCCGAGUCGUACGCGUACGACCGCGUGGGUCGGCUCACCAGCAUCACCCGGCCCGACCAGUCGCAGCUGGUGUACCAGUUCAGCCAGCCCACCAGCACUCAGCCCUCAGCGGUGGUCCUGCCGUCCGGCGGCCGGUACCGACUGCACCUGGCCGCCGCCGGCGCCGUGGAAGCCGUGACCGUGCCAAGCGGCGGCCGCCACAGCUGGGCCGUACGCACAGAGUUUGGCCAGGUGUCCGUCACCUAUCACUGGCCCGGCUCGCAGCGGCCCUACACGGUCCUCCUCAACGACCGGAUGCAGAUCGCGGAGCGGCGCCUUCCGGACGGGCGGCGCACCCUGUACCGGCACGACAGCGCCGGCCGGCUGCUGGAGACCGUCUGGGGGACCGGCGACGCGCUGCGGCGCUACCAGCCCGACGGCGGCGCGCUGCUGGCCGUCAGCGUGCAGGACGCCGACCUCGACUCGGUCACCGAGUUCCGGCUGCACGCCGGACUCCGCAAGAAGGAGGACAACAGGUUCCAGAGGGGCGACGACAUGCACAACACCAAGUUCAAGUACCAGUACGACGGAAACGCCCGACUCAGAAAGAUCAGUACCGUGGUGGGCGACACGGAGCUCUCGCCGGUGGUGCUGCGCUACUCGUCCACUCAGGGGCAGCUCGAGCAGGUGGACGACCUCAAAAUGUACUACAGCCACCCCAACCGAUCCGUCAUCCACGACGGCGACAAGUCCUUCAGCCGCGUCAUCAUGCUGAGCGGCUUCAAUGCGCCGCAGCUGGCCGUGCUCAACCUGCACGGCUACGACGUCUUCCGGCUGGAGACGGAGUACGACGGGGCGGGCCGCAUCCGCCGCCAGACCACCACCAUCGGCAGCAACGAGUCCCACAUGAGCGUCAACUACACCGCCGACGGACGCGUCGCAGCCGUCGCCGGCGACGAGACGUGGAUGUACGACUACGACGUGGGCGGCAACGUGCGCUCCAUCACCGCGCGCGGCGCCGCCGUCGAGCGGCGCUACGACGAGGCCGACCGGCUGACGCGGCUCGGCGAUGACGCCGUCGAGUAUGACGAGAACGGCUUCCUGACGUCGGCCGGCGGCCGGCGGCUGACGUACGACGCGGCCGGCCGGCUGACGCACGUGGUGGACGCGGCCGGUCGCCAGGUGGGCUACCUGUACGACUGGCAGGGCCGGCUGGCGGCGCGCCGCUCCUCGGACGGCCAGCUGGUGCAGUACCUGUACGCCGACCCGGGCCACCCGGGCCGGCUCAGCCACGCGCACCGGCCGCUGCAGGGCCGCACGGACGCCUACCUGUACUGCCACCGCGGCCAGCUGGUGGCCAUCCAGACGGCCGGCCAGCGCCACUACGUGGCCACCGACACGCGCGGCACGCCACUGGCGCUCUUCAACUCGCACCGCAGCGUGGUGAAGGAGGUGCGCAGAGACCCGUGGGGCCGCGUCAUCCGCGACACCAACGCCGCGCUGCCGCUCGACGUGGGCCUGUUCGGCUGGGUGCGCGACCCCGAGCUGGGCCUGCUCUGGGACCCGGCCGGCCGCGUGUACGAGCCGCGGCUGCAGCAGUACCUGCAGCCCGGCUGGGAGGCGGCGCUGCACCGGCUGCAUGAGCCGGCCGCGCUCCACCUGUACCGCUUCAUGGACAACGACCCGGUCAACGGCGGGGCCGCGCGCCGGCCGCCGCCCACAGACUUGCGCGCCUGGCUGAGCGAGUUCGGCUACGACCUGGACCGGAUGCAGGGCUCAGUGUACGCCCAGCGCCUGGCCUCUCAGCCGGCGCCGGAGCUGGCGCUGCCCUGGCUGCCGGCCGGGCCGCGGCUCAUCUCGGGCCUGGCGUGCAUGGAGCGCCGGCGGCGGGCCGCCUUCUCGGCGCCCGACCGCGCCACCGUAUCGGGCCGGGUGUGGCCGGAGGGCGGCGGCGGCGGCGGCUGGCCGCUGGUGCCGCGGCUGGCCGCCGCCGGGCCGCCGCUCGGCGACGGCCUGCUGCUCUCGGAGGAGGGCGGCCGCGCCGCGCUGCGCCAGGUCGGCCCGGCCGGCGUGCUCCAGGACGUGGCACUCAGCGUGCUCAACGCCAGCCGCCUGCUGGACGUGCGGCCAGCGGACGCGGCCGGCCGGCCACAGCUGCACUUCCUGCGGCCCGAACAGCGCCGACAGCCGGACGCCGAGCAGCUGGAGCGGCUCGGCCGCUACAACCUCAGCUGGGCCGGCGACCGGCUGCAGCUGACGCUGCCCGCCGCCGCCGUGCACGUCCACUACGGCGCCGGCGACGAGGCGGCGGCGCGCCGGCUGCGCUCCGAGCUGCUGGCGGCGGCGCGCGCCGAGGCGGUGCCGGCGCGCUGGCGGCACGAGCAGCGGCUGGUGGCCGCGCGGCUGCCCAGCGCCGCCGGCUGGACGGCCUCCGAGCGGCGUCAGCUGCUCGAGACGGGCGCCGUGCCGGGCGUGACGCCGGCCGACGUGCACCCGCUGGCGGCCUACCCGGCGCUGGCCGACGACUGGUCCAACCUGGCGCUGCGCCCACCCGGACGGAGACGCAGCCGGAAGUCGGCCAGGAAGCGGCUGCGGCGCCGAUUUUUGCGCCGCUACGCGCCGUGAGCGGCCGGCGGACACGGCCGGCGGCAGUGAUAGCAGCAAUACGGGCGCGGCCGGGCGCUCCCCGUGUGUUCCAUGAGGCGCCGGCACGGACGGACGCUGCGCGGCGCCGCCGGACAGGCCGGGACGCCGGACGACACAGGUCGUGGAGUGCCAUUGGUGGGUGCGGCGCCGUGAGACGAGCGCGUGCGGUGACGCCGGCCACUGAUAUUACCGGGACGGACGGACCGAUCGAGACCCUCUCCCGGCCCGCUUUUUACGUUGUGCUUGUGCGCCGUGGGCGGCUGGGGCAGUGGCGCGCCCGGCGCAAGGGCGCGAAUUGCCGGCCAUGCAGAAGGCAUUCUGUUAUUUAUUUCCAGACCUGUGUAGGAUAUACAUCAGAGGGCAUAGUGAGUGUAUGAGAUGCGCUACCCGUGGAUGAGAUGGGGCUACCUGUGAUUUUGUCAUGAUGCUGCGGGGUGACACUGAACGUUUGUAGCUAAAUAGAUGGAUGGUAAACAUCAACC